GUCGAUCUUUUUGAUCAUUCAUGUCAAAUAACUUAUACUCCAUAUUCAACUCUCUCUAAGCUUAAGAAUAUAGUCAUUCGUCUAAGCUACAAAUACCUCCACAUCGCUUCAAGGUUACCCCGACUUAUCCAUCUACGAAGAUUCCAAUUUUGAUCAGUGACAAAGUGUAACAUUUUUUCGCAGUUUCUUUCCAUUAACUAUCAUUGUCCAUAAAAUUCAAUUUAUGGCGAACAUCCUUCGCGGUCACUUUCCGAAAACUGAUAUUCCAUAAAUGGAAUGAAUCAAUGGCUACAAUCUCUAUAAAUAUAUAUAGUUGACGAAUACCACCGUGUUUGGUUCUUUAUUAUUCUUGUUCACACAUAUCACCAGUAUAAAAACCUCAGAACAUAAUUAGGUUAUUGCAUAUAUUUAUUCAUUAUAAUGACUGACACCAUCGAAUAUAAAUUUCAUCCUUCUAAGAAAGCUGCCAUUAUUACCGCUCCAUUUUCAGGUGGGCAACCAAAAGGAGGUGUAGAAUUGGGACCAGAAUAUAUUUUAAAUGCUGGAUUUGAAAAACAAAUUAGUUCACUUGGUUGGACUACUCAAGUGAAAUCUCCACUUGAAGGAACUAAUUAUGAAAGUUUGAAAACUAACGAAAAGGAUAAAUAUGGAGUUAAAAAUGCUCAAAUUGUCAGUGAAUGUUGUAAAAGGAUUCAUGACUCUGUUUAUUCUAGUUUAGAAGCCGGUGAAUUACCAAUCACCAUCGGAGGGGAUCAUUCUAUUGGAACUGCUACUGUUAGUGCAGCUUUAGAACAUAAUGAGGAUACUUGUGUAUUAUGGAUCGAUGCCCAUGCUGAUAUCAAUACUCCAUUAACUACAGAAUCAGGUAAUUUACAUGGUUGUCCAAUUUCAUUCAUUUUAGGAAUUGAUAAAGAAAGUUAUCCACCUGAAUUCAGUUGGGUUCCUGCUAAAUUAAAGGCUAAUAAAUUAGCAUUUAUUGGUUUAAGAGAUGUUGAUGAUGGAGAAAAGAAAAUAUUAAGAGAACAUAAAAUUCCUUCAUUCUCCAUGUAUCAUGUUGAUAAAUAUGGUAUUGGAAAAGUUGUUGAAAUGGCUCUUGAUAAGGUUAAUCCAGAAAGAAAAAGUCCCAUCCAUUUAUCUUAUGAUGUUGAUGCAAUUGAUCCAUCAUUUGUUCCUGCUACUGGUACUAGAGUUGAAGGUGGAUUAUCAUUAAGAGAAGGAUUAUUCAUUGCUGAAGAAGUAGCACAAACAGGAUUAUUGAGUUCAAUGGAUAUAGUUGAAACUAAUCCAUUAUUAGCAGAAACUGAAGAACAUAUCUUAGAUACUGUAAGUGCAGCUUGCGCAAUUGGUAGAUGUGCAAUGGGUCAAACAUUAUUAUAGAACUUUACAACUUAGUAGACUACGUUUCUAUAUAGAUGUUAAAAUAAAAUUUGGGAUGGUUAAUUUAAAACAAAAAUAGUAAUAUAUAUCUUUAAAUAUUUUUAAAUCAGUCUUACUUCAUUUAAUUAUCCCUCCAUGUGGUUACUCUGCAAUGUCAAUUGCUGCAACUUUCGCAUUUGGAUUUAUAUACAGGGAUUUAUCUUUACCGUUUUGGGGCGUCAUACAUUUUCUAUUUUCUGUCUAUA